AUGGCAAAGUCUAUGCAUAUCCAGACUUCGCGUGUGCUCUGGACGGGCUCUCGCCUCUUUUCCAUCCAUAAAACAUAUGGACCGUCAGUGAGGAUAUCGCCACUCACACAGGAGAGUCCGAGGUCUCGGACUAUCCACUCCAACAGCUCCAAUGCAUCCUCGCAGACGCUGGCAUCGACCUCGGCCGCCGCUGUACGGAUUCCAGGGACAGACACCAUAGAAGACUCCUCCGAGCCAGCAAGAAGCCAUACGAGGAGAGCCUCGCCACUAUCACGCCUGUCAACGGUGAGUCUGCUGCGAUCACUGUUCCUCGGAUACUGCUUUACGUCGCCGAGACUGCUGAAGGUCCUGAUGGGCGCAAUGGGAUUCAUUGCACAUUCCAAGUCACCAUUCCUGAACCCCGAUCAGAAUCCCGUGGUGGGUCGGGCUAUCCGUGUCCUUGUUUAUGAUAAUUUUUGUGCCGGAACGACGCCUCCAGAGGUCAAGCGGACCAUCGCAGAGAUCAAGAAGACUGGUUAUGCGGGCGUGAUACUGGGAUAUGGGCGGGAGAUCGUGGUCGAGCCGAGUGGUGGUGCUGAUGGUGCCAGUAAGGAGCUGUCAAGGGCCGAGUCGCAGGCCGCGGCAGCGGAAAAACAUAUCCAGUUCUGGCUUGAUGGGAAUAUGACAACUUUGGGUAUGAUUGGUGAGAACGAUUAUAUGAAUGUGAAGUUCACCGGAGCGGGUCCGUUCGUCAGCCAGUGCCUCAUCGACCGCAGCCAGCCUCCCGAGGCACUGGCGAGGGCGAUCGAUACAAUAUGCAACCAAGCUCGGUUACAGGGCAGCCGAAUCUGGAUCGAUGCUGAGCAGCAAAUCUUCCAGCCCACCAUUGACGCAUGGACGACCAACCUCAUGCGUCGACACAACAUUCACGGUGACGCCCUUGUCUACACCACCAUCCAAACAUACCUCAAGAGUUCACGUACCACGAUAGCUAAAUACUUACAAGUCGCCAGCGACGAGGGCUGGACUCUGGGCAUCAAGCAGGUCCGGGGAGCGUAUAUUGCCAGCGACGUGCGUGACAGAAUCUGGGACACGAAAGAACAGACCGACGAGUCAUACAACUCGAUUGCCAGAGACUUAUUGGGGAAGAACACAUCGGACAAGGCGUUUCCGGGGUUCAAAGCACAGAAAUUUCCGAAUCUGCACCUUUUCCUGGCGGGGCACAACACAGAGUCCAUCCGAUUGGCGACUGCGUUUGUUCGGGAGUUGGCUUUGGCUGGCAAAGAGGUCCCACAUGUUCAGUACGGGCAGCUGCACGGCAUGGCGGAUGACGUGAGCUGUGAUUUGGUUGAGCAGUGCGAGACUGCUGCCGAGAAUUUGGAGAAGCACAGAGGCGACGGGAAGGCCGUAACGGCGAAGUAUGAGUUAGAGAUGAAAGCGGCACCGGUAGUGUAUAAGUGUUUGAAUUGGGGCUCGGUGCAAGAAUGUAUUCACUUCUUGUUGCGAAGGGCUGUCGAAAACGCGACUGCUGCCGAGAGGAUCAAGCACGGUCUGCCUGACUUGAGGGCAGAAUUCAAGAGGAGAAUGUUGAGGCGGGCUUGA